AUGAUCAGCAUAUACCAUUUGCGCGAGGUCUUGCACGACUUCGACGACCAAACCUUUUGCCACAUAGCUCUCAACGAGCUGCUCACGGCUUGGAUCUGCAUCUAUCCCAAAGUGCUUGAUUGGGUGGAGGCAACUCUCGUUCGCCCCUGUCCUUUUGAGCCAGAGAGGUCCUUGGUCAGGAUGGAUGCGUUGAUCAACAUUAUCAAGUCCUGUAUGGCCAUUUCUCUAUUCCGCAAGAACUUGGAGGAUAGCAGGGGCUUCUCGGCGGACGACUGUAAGCUGAUGAGCGAGCGUGAGUACCAGGAGUUUGCGCAUUCUUUACAACAGAAGAAAGUGUGGGGGGAUCUUGUGAUAUUUUUUCAGGUGACAAUCGGUCUUCUCAAGGGACGCGAUGAACAGAAGUGGGCUGAAAUUACCGACGCUAUGUAUGAGCAGAUCUUUGAAACAUCAUACCCUGAGGCAUGA